GGAGGCAGAAGAUUUUGUUUCGAGGAAGACACGGAGACACAGAAAAGCGGUUAAACGCUCUUCUUCUUCAUGACAGUACUUUCAGUGACGUCAUGACGCUACAUCUGUAUCACCACUCUCGUUUGCUAUGGAGAAAUCUCUGUUUUCCUCGGAGAAUUGGAUUUUUGUGUAAUCGGAACUGUUCUCUCAUCUCUCCUUCCCUUUCACGCACUGCGAAGUACUAUUGCAGUUCCACCUGUAAUUUGGACGCAGCUGUAUCUGAAUUCUCCAAUGAAGCAGCUAGUGGCAAUAUGUUGACUUCUUAUAAAAGUGAAGAUGUUGUUGCACCAGAGACGAUAAAAUAUCCUUUCAAGUUAGAAGAAAGAGUAGCAAGUACUGCUGCUUCUUCAAAUGGCAGAGUGAUGCUUAUUGAUGGGACAUCCAUUAUAUACAGGGCUUAUUAUAAGCUUUUAGCAAGGUUGAAUCAUGGUCAUCUGGCUCACGCUGAUGGAAACGCCGACUGGGUUUUAACAAUAUUUUCAUCUCUUUCUCUUCUGAUUGAUGUUUUGAAAUUUCUCCCAUCCCAUGUGGCGGUGGUGUUCGACCAUGAUGGAGUUCCUUAUGGCACUACUUCUAAUUCAUCUACAGGUUAUCGUUCUGCAAAAGGCAUGAACUUCCGUCAUACUCUCUACCCUGCCUAUAAAAGUAAUCGUCCUCCCACACCUGAUACCAUAGUACAAGGACUUCAAUAUCUCAAAGCGUCCAUCAAGGCAAUGUCUAUAAAGGUUAUAGAGGUGCCAGGUGUAGAAGCUGAUGAUGUUAUUGGAACUCUGGCUAUGCGAAGCAUUAGUGCGGGUUUCAAAGUCCGAGUUGUCUCUCCGGACAAAGACUUCUUUCAGAUUCUUUCUCCCUCGUUGCGUCUUCUUCGACUAACACCACGCGGAUCAGAGAUGGCUUCUUUUGGAAUGGAAGAUUUUGCUAAAAAGUUCGGAAAUUUGGAACCAGCACAAUUUGUUGAUAUAAUCGCCCUUGCUGGAGACAAGUCUGACAAUAUUCCAGGAGUUGAUGGCAUUGGGAAUGUGCACGCAGUGGAACUGAUAUCUAGAUUUGGCACGUUGGAGAAUCUCUUGCAGUCUGUGGAUGAGAUCAAGGAAGGAAAAAUAAAGGAGUCUCUAAUAGCUAGUGCGGAUCAAGCAAUUCUUAGCAAGAAAUUAGCACUGUUACGGUCUGAUCUCCCAGAUUACAUAGUACCAUUUGACACGAAAGAUCUCACUUUUAAGAAACCAGAGGACAACGGGGAGAAAUUGAGUAGCCUGUUAAUCGCUAUUGCGGAUUAUGCAGAAGGAUUUUCAGCUGAUCCAGUCAUCAGAAGAGCUUACAGGUUGUGGGAAAAACUGGAAGCAAUGCCAUGAUGAUAUUUUUUAUGCAUCUUUUUUCUUACUCUUGUCUCUUUGUAUUGGGUACAUAAAAUAGAGUAAGCUCAAGUUUAGAGAGUUCUCCUACAAAACAUUAAAGCUAAGUCACUUUC